AUGGUUGAUAUCACUUGGGAAUGUUUCCUCAAAUUACAAGAUGAAAUUAAAUCGAGAAACAGUCGUGUAUCAUCUGUUAUUGAAAUAUGUGAUCGCUUAAAAGCUGAUUAUCAACAACAAAUUGAACGAAUUCCAUUUGAUUAUGCUAGUGAUCUUGAAAACAGAUGGCAUCAAUUAUGGAUUAAUUCAGUUGAAAUUCAAUGUAAACUUGAAGAAAGAUCUAAAAUAGUGAAACAUUCGACAUCUCUUCCUUUAAUUGACGAAGACGAUAUCAUACCAUUUAAUUCAAGUGAAUACGAAAAAAUUUCUUUAACAUCGUCAAAUAAUACAAGUAUUCAUUUUGAUAUUAAUUCUUCUUUAAUUAAUCGUAAACGUUCAAGAUCACCUAAUAUUAGGAUUAAUAUAUGUAAAAUAUCAUCGAAUUUAAAUAGAAAAAUGAUUAAAUCGAAACGACGUAUGUCAUUAAAUUUUUUACCUAAACUUUCACCUUCAACAGUUUAUUAUUCAUUAACAAAUCUAAAUGAUAAUGAAGAUAAAAUAAUAAUAAAAAAACAAAAAAAGACAUCAUCAAAAUUAGAUAUUGGUUAUGCAAGUGAAGAUGAUUAUGACAAAAAACCAAUAUCAACAAUAAAAAAAAGUCAAAGUGACAGUAAACUUAAAUUUAAAAAAUCAACAACGAAUAUUUUAUCAUCAUUAACACAAUCAUUACCAUUAUUUCAACAUAGUCAUAUGUUACCGAAAUGGUGGAGAUAUUCAAUAACAUCAGCUUAUGAUACAUGUUCAAAUCCCGAUAUUGAUAUGAGUAUUGACGAAAAAAAAAAACCUAAACUCAAACCAUCUUUACUUAUGUAUAGUAAAAAAUAUACAAAACUUAAAAAAUAUAUUCAACAAAAAUCUACACUAAUAUCAAAUUCAUACGAUGCAAGUACAGAAUAUACUGAUCAAGAACAAUCAGAAGAUGAUGUUGAUACUUUAUCAUCAGAUUUAAUAUCAUUAUCACCAAUUAAUCAUUAUCAAAAUUCAGAUUCUCUAUUUUAUAAUCGAUAUACAACAACGACAACAACAACUGGUUAUUCAUCAGAUAUUGAGCCUGAAACAAGAACAACAAUACCAUCUGAAAUUGAAGAUCAAUCAUUGUUAUACUCAGAUGUCGAAUCAUUGAAUACAAUAACAAUAAAUGAUAAAAUAGAAAGUUCUGAACCAUGUUGGGAUGGAUAUCAAAAUCCUCUUUUUUAUCAACUAAAUUCUCAAGAUAUGGAUUCAAUGGAAACAAUCCUUAAAUGGGAUGAUCAAUUUUUCGAAAUUGAUCAACUAUGUAAUUCAACAUCCGAUGAUGAUAUACAUAUUCAUGAUAAUUUCAAUCGUCCUUCUUUAUGGAAUAACAAUAGUUCAUCAUUAUCAUUAAUAACAAGUAUAACAAACAAACAACACUUUGAUUCAGAUUCUGAUUUGGAUGAUUUUAAUUAUGUUAUAAAUGAAAGUGAAAAACAAUUACUUAAAACACGACAAAGUUUAGAAAAGAAAAAACGACAACAACAACAAUCAAUUUCAAUAACUCAUAAUCGUAAUCAACGAAAAUAUGAUGAAAUACUUCGUACAUGUGAAACAAAUAUUCAAUGUUUACAACAAAUUUUAACAAAUCUUCAUCGAUCAAACAAUUCUCGUCUUAAUAAUAUACAAGCUAUUGAAUUAUUACAAAAAUAUUUAACCGAUUGGCAUGAUAUGCGACAGCAAGUUAAUAAUGAUCGAAUAUGUGCACGUCAUUUAUUACAUAUAUCACAAGAAAUUAUUAAAUUAAAAUUACGUUUAGACGAAGAAUUAUCUCAAAUCAAUAUAUCGUUAAAUCCUUCAUGGUUUGACAAUAAUUCAUUGAAUCAGUUAAAAGAUCAAAUUUCUUAUGAAAUUGAUUUAGAAAAAGAAAAUCGUCAAAAAUUAACUUCAUUUUAUACGAAUCUUCAUCUAGCUGAAGAACAUUUAAAAGAAUAUCGUAUGACUUAUCCAGAUGUUUCAUUAUCAUUUAAUAUGGAUGAACAUUUACAUAAUAGUCAUUUAACACUUGAACAAUUUUCAAAUAAAAUGGAUUCAUAUCGAAAUCAAUUACGUACAUUAUUAACAAUGAUUGAUAAUCUUAUAUCUAUUGAAAAUCAUAUUGAACAAAAAUUGACUUCUCUCGAUUAUCCAAUUGAACUUCAAGAAUUACAAACAUUAAUUGAUAAUUAUGAACGAAUGAUUCCAAUAAAUAAUUCCGAUUUAAUUAUAAAAAAUCAUUAUGAAUAUAAAUUAGAUAUAUAUAGAAAAAUGUUUAAUGAUUUAAUUCGUAAACAAGAAAAACAUGUUUCAUUUGAUAGUCCAAUUAAUUUUAAUAAUAAUAAUUCAACAAAUAUUAAUUCGUCGACAUCAACAUCAUCGACAGCAUCUACUCCACAAGAACAAUAUACAAAUAAUUCGAAUGAUAAUUUUCGAAAGAAGAAAAUGAUAUUCAAUCAAUACAGACAAAAAGAAAUUCGAGAUAUGCAACAAAGUAGCACAACUAGUAAAACAUCAAAUAAACAAAGUACAACAUCGUCUUAUAUAUCCGAUGAUUGCAAAGUUUUAUAUAUAGAAACAGUUAUUGAAGUACCUAAACCUGUCUUUUAUGAACAAACAACAAAUACAUUAUCAACAACAAAUACUGAAUAUCAUCAUCAUCAUCAUAACAUUCCACAUAAUAAAUUAAAUAGUGAACAAAUAUUAACAUCAAAUAAAAAUCAAUUUUUCAUGGAUUCAACUGAUAAAAAUCAUGAUGAAGAUACAACAGAUGAUGAUUUAUCUAAUCAACAUAGUAAACCGGUGAAUUGCUCCAUAAGAAAUCAUCAUCAAAUAACAAAAGAUAAUUUACAACAACAUGCUGACAGUGGAAUUGAAUUAGAUCAAACAUCAUCAUCAUCAACAAUAUAUAAUCAACAAACAUCAAAUGAUCAAUUAUUAUUUCCAACAUCAUCGAAUAGAAAUUUUGAUCAAACAUCACAAUCAUCACUUAUUCGUCGUAUACAAAAACAAACAACAUCAAAAAAUGAAAAUAUUCUAAGAAAUAAAAAUUAUUUAUCAUCAAAUUUAAAUCAAUUACCAUCAAAUUUAUAUCGACAAGAUACAUAUUGGAAUCGUUUAAAACAAACAUGGUUUUGUUCACUUCUAAUUGGUCUUUUCAUUUUAUUCAUUUUAUUUCUUAUUUAUUUAUUUGCACUUGAUUCAUGUUCCCGAUCGGCAAUAUUUAAACGAAUUUUUCAUAAAAUUAUCCGUAUUGAAAGUCAAGGCUUACCCACUAUUUGA